CCAACGGGACAAGAGCCGCAACGCCCUUCGGGGGAUGGAGCCGCAUACUCCCAGUCAGUGGGAAGCUAGUGCCUAUGAAGCUGGCGGAGUACAUGGGCAGGAGAGUAAGCGGGCUUGUACUUAGGCCCGUAUGAAUAAACCGCAUCAGGAACCUCGCUUCCCUCCCACAUAUCCGCAUGCAGGCGCACGCGGUACUCGCGAUCCGCAACCGCCUGGAACGGAUGAAUCAUCGGCGUUUCUGACAGAGCUAACGAAGGAGAAUCCGCGACCGAGUCCUCCCUGGCUGAGUCACAAGGCGUGUCUUCCGGCACGUUUUCAGAGGACAGCUCCACCAAGGUUGUCCCCAACCCGGGAGGUCGCUCCGCGCUCAAUCAAGGAGGUAGCCGUGUCGGUUAGCGCGCCCACUCCUAGCCCUAAAAUGCAACCGUCAGGUCUAUCUACACGCUCACUCGCGACAACCGCAUUACCACCCCCACACAGCAAUUCAAUACCCUCUGAGUCCCAUUCUAUGUCGGAUAAACUUAAAGGGUGGGAAAAAGCGGGCAUACCUACUCCAGGGGCAGGACCGCCUGCACUGACGGUUUUAGCGGAGGUACGCGUAGCGCCAACGCUAACGCGAGGAGCGGCGACGUUGCCGGUGGCAGUGGCCGCCUCCAUGCCGGACGCGGUGGUCGUCGCAGCAGCGGAAGGAGUGUUGGUGGCGACGUCGGAAGCAGACGGCGGCGCCGAUUCGCCGGAAAGGCCGCGGUUCUGGCUAUCGGAAGGGGUGGUUGAUUGAGAAACCAUCGCGGAAAACUGCUUUCUCUUCUUCUUCUUGUCUCGUUUCUGGGAUUUUCUCAAAGAAGAAAGAAACUGAUGUCGUUCCGCCGGAAUCGAAGGAUGAGUCUCCAGAUAACGAGAGAGAGAACUUAGAGCACCCCGCAAUUUUGAAAUAAGUGGCAAGGAAAGAGGGAAUGCGAAGGUUCUUCUCAACAGAAACACUUGGAGUAUAUAUAGCGGCAAAAGAGACUGAUGUGACGGUUGAGUGCCCGAGGGGGAGCUUUAGGCCGCAAAAGUCAAAAACGGGCAGGUGAAAGGACGUUUUGCCUGCCCGGUGUCAGAGCACGGAAACCAACGCGUAAGGCGGUCGGAGCGCCGCUUAGGCAGGACAACCCUAGGUCUCCGGCGACCAGGGGCAGAAUAGGACAAGGAGGAGGAGCAAACCGCUCAACUAGCUGAGAGCAUUAUUGGUAGCCGCCAAAACCCUAGGCUUUUCCCGCCUAAGGGGCAAUUGUUGGGCCGCAUAGUUGAGCGUACUUGGGCCUCGGGCCCAAAAGAGGCGAGUCGGACUUUAAGGCCCAAUAAGGAGGCCGGGCCCGAUCGAAAGACUAGGUCAGCGGGCGGUCCAUGAUCGACUGCGAACCCGAGGAAUAGAUAAGGGCGCCUGACAUAAAGCAACUGAGCAGCACAGAAGGGCAGGGAGCCGUUGAAGAUGCGUAUCUGGUGUCAGGCAAGACUGAGCAUUUAUUGCCAGCCACAGGCGGCCUGCAAAAAGGCUGAAAGUCUGCCCAGGACGCCUGACAUUACCCAAAAAGCCUACACGGGGCGCCCGACCAGGUCUGGGGCGCCCGACACAACAUUUAAUGCCCCAACCACCCUUUAACCAGGUAUAAAUAGAGGGUGAGAGCAUUAAUGGUAAGGCCAACUACUAUUCAUCUCUCUACAUAAAUUCUUAUCUCUCCCCUUCUCUCUCUAACUUAAGCUUCGGAGGGUGUCCCGGGCGAACCGCCCCGGACCGCUGUUUUGCAGAGUAUCAGGAGUACUCCCCAACAUCCAAGAACAGACGCCUCGCCCCAGCUCCACAAACCGCCUAGUAUCUACUUAGGCACAAACACUAAUGAAUUGAGUUUGAGUCGCAUCUGGCUUCGUUCUCUAGACAUGCAUAGCCCUUCAUAUGAGUUUAAUCUUGUUCUUUAAUUUCUGUCUCAGUCUACUACCCGCAUAAAGAAGAUGAUAUUACAUAAUAUAUACUUUGAGGAUUCAUAAAUAAGGCACUCAAGGCUAAUAAGAAGAAAAACAGGAA